AUGGCGCUAAGUGCGCCAUAUGCCAAAAUUCUUACAAUAAUUCUUACUAUGCUGAAGAUUGAAGAAGAGCCCGCAGUCCAAUUCACACCCGCGAAAUUUACGAAAAAUGAAUUUGCCGCGGGUUUUGAAACCCCUCAGCCAAUAACUUUGUAUUAUUUUCAGUGCUCAAAUUCCUUACUCCCCCCUCCGUGAUCGAAAAAAAUUUUACAAAUUAAUUUAAUAUUUGCUUUUCCAAUUUUUGCGAAGUAGGAUUUUUUUAAAUUUUGAAAAAAGUUUUUUCUAUAAAUUUUUAUACAAUUUUUUUUUUAAAAAAAAAAAUUAACCCCCCCUCCUGGAGCGAACAAGAUUUUUUUGUUCUUUUACAGAGUGGGGCGAGUUAGUGCCAACUUUCAAUGAGCGACUCCCAAUUCCCGAGAUUAUAGUGGGUGCAUCCCCAAAUCUUUCUACCUGUCCGAAUACCCCUGAGAUCUUAUCUCAAAGAAAGAUCUUCAGUUGUUCUUUGUGCUCGAAAUUCUAUACAAGAUCAUCAACCUUAAAGGUUCACAUGAGAAAGCAUACUGGUGAGAAACCUUAUGCAUGCAGGAUCUGCAGCAAAAGUUUCUCAGAAAAAGGCAAUUUAAUUACCCAUGAAAGGAUGCAUACAGGCGAAAAACCGUUUGUAUGCCCUCAAUGUGGAAAUCGCUUUUCCACUCAAGGACAUUUGACAGAUCAUAUGAGGCGGCAUUCAGGGGAUAGGCCAUUUGUAUGUAAAGCAUGUGAGAAAUCAUUUAUGAGGUCGAGCACUUUGAAAAUUCAUAUAAGAAAACACACUGGAGAAAAACCUUUUGUCUGUGAAUUCUGCAGCAAAGCUUUCAGUGAGUCUGGGAACUUGAAAACCCAUAGGAGAACUCACACAGGGGAAAGACCUUAUAUAUGUAAAUACCCUGGCUGUACAAAAGCUUUUAAAACGAAAGGUCACUUAGUGGACCACAUGAAGACUAAGCAGCAUCAAGAUUAUUAA